CGCCGUCCAUCAUGCAGAUGGCGGAGCCGGACAGCUGAGCUGCUGCUAGCUAAAUCCUCGUUUUAUUUCUAAAAUGAAAUGUAUUUAAGUACAUCGUUUUCUUAGCGUUUGAGCUGAACCCCUAUUUUAUUCUAUUUUGUUUUCUCAUGCAUUUGUAAUUAUAUUUAAUGUGAGCGUUUUCUAGCGUAUUUAUUUAAACACAAGUAGCCCGGUUAGCAUCUUUGUUGGAAGUUUAGGCCCACUGUGGCUCCGCUCGUCGAUUUUAACAAUAGCCGCGACACACUCCCCUUCUCGACUUGUUUUGGUACAUUCAAAGGAUUAUCCUUAAUGCAAACCGAAGAAAAACAUGGAAGAUAAACCGGUCCGGCUAGCUCUCAGCAACUGAUACACACGGACCUUUAAUACAACGGGAAUUGAAGACAUUUUACGGGGAGCAUUAUUAAGAAUUAGGACCACAAAGGAAGAUGUCCAACGGCGCCGCAGGAAGCGGAGGUCUGGCGUGGAUGGAGGCUGCGAAUGGUCGAGGUGAUGCUGGCAAGAUGGAGGAUUCCAAGAAGGCCAAAGCGGCCUCCAAGUUGUCCGUGGAGCGAGUGUACCAGAAGAAGACCCAGCUGGAGCACAUCCUUCUCCGCCCGGACACGUACAUCGGCACCGUGGAGCCGAUCACUCAGCAAAUGUGGGUUUUUGAUGAAGAAAUAGGAAUGAACCAGAGGGAGAUCACCUACGUUCCUGGACUGUACAAAAUCUUUGAUGAAAUUCUUGUCAACGCGGCAGACAACAAACAAAGAGACAAGAACAUGAACGCAAUAAAGAUCACCAUUGAUCCAGAGUCCAACACCAUUUCUAUCUGGAACAACGGCAAAGGAAUCCCUGUGGUGGAGCACAAGGACGAGAAGAUGUACGUGCCGGCUCUCAUUUUCGGCCACCUGCUCACCUCGAGCAACUACGACGAUGACGAGAAAAAGGUCACGGGUGGAAGGAACGGCUACGGCGCCAAACUCUGCAACAUCUUCAGCACCAAGUUCACAGUGGAAACCGCCUGCAAGGAGUACAGACACAGUUUCAAGCAGACGUGGCAGAACAACAUGAGCAAGACGUCUGAGCCCAAGAUCAAGUUCUUUGAUGGGGAUGAUUUCACCUGCGUGACCUUCCAGCCGGACCUCUCGAAGUUCCAGAUGGAGAAGCUGGACAAGGACACUGUAGCGCUUCUUACUCGCAGAGCAUACGAUGUCGCUGGUUCCUGCAGGGGGGUCAAAGUCACGCUGAACGGGAAGAAAUUACCUGUGACGGGGUUCCGCAGCUACGUGGAUCUGUACGUGAAGGACAAGCUGGACGAGAUGGGCGUCGUCCUGAAGGUGGUGAACGAGACCGUGAACGACCGCUGGGAGGUUUGCCUCACGCUGAGCGAGAAGGGGUUCCAGCAGAUCGGCUUCGUCAACAGCAUCGCCACGACCAAGGGAGGCAGACAUGUUGACUAUGUGGUGGACCAGAUAGUGGCCAAACUCAUUGAAGUGGUGAAGAAGAAGAACAAGGCCGGAGUGACAGUCAAACCCUUCCAGGUGAAGAACCACAUCUGGGUGUUUGUGAACGCACUGAUCGAGAACCCCACAUUUGACUCCCAGACCAAGGAGAACAUGACACUCCAGACCAAGAGCUUCGGGUCCAAGUGCCCUCUCUCGGACAAGUUCAUCAGAGGAGCAACCAACUGCGGGAUCGUUGAGAGUAUACUCAACUGGGUGAAGUUCAAAGCUCAGACACAGCUCAACAAGAAGUGCUCAUCUGUGAAGUACAGCAAGAUCAAAGGCAUCCCCAAGCUGGACGACGCCAACGACGCCGGUGGCAAACACUCGGGUGAAUGCACACUCAUCCUCACCGAGGGGGACUCGGCCAAGUCGCUGGCCGUCUCUGGGCUGGGAGUCAUCGGGCGCGAUCGCUACGGCGUGUUUCCUCUGAGGGGGAAGAUCCUUAACGUGCGAGAGGCGACGCACAAGCAGAUCAUGGAAAAUGCUGAGAUCAACAACAUCAUCAAAAUCGUGGGCCUCCAGUACAAGAAGAGCUAUGAAGACCCCGAGUCACUAAAGAGCCUGCGCUACGGCAAGAUCAUGAUCAUGACUGAUCAGGAUCAAGACGGCUCGCAUAUCAAAGGUCUGCUCAUCAACUUCUUCCACCACAACUGGCCGUCUCUACUGAAACACACAUUCCUGGAGGAGUUCAUCACACCCAUUGUCAAAGUAACCAAGAACAAGCAGGAGUCGGCCUUCUACAGCAUUCCAGAGUUUGAUGAGUGGAAGAAAAACACAGAGAACUUUAAAACCUGGCAUAUAAAGUACUACAAAGGUUUGGGAACGAGUACAAGCAAAGAGGCAAAGGAAUACUUUGCCGACAUGGAGAAGCACCGCAUUUCCUUCAGGUACAGCGGGGCCGAGGACGACGCUGCCAUCACACUGGCCUUCAGCAAGAAGAAGACGGAUGACAGGAAAGAGUGGCUGACGAACUUCAUGGAGGACAGACGCCAGAGGAGGAUGCACGGCCUACCAGAGCAAUACCUGUAUGGAACUCAGGCCAGGCACCUCUCCUACAAUGACUUCAUCAACAAAGAGCUGAUUCUCUUCUCCAACUCUGACAACGAGAGAUCCAUCCCGUCCUUGGUUGACGGUUUAAAGCCCGGCCAGAGGAAGGUGCUGUUCACCUGCUUGAAGAGGAACGACAAGAGGGAAGUGAAAGUAGCACAGCUGGCCGGCUCGGUUGCAGAGAUGUCCGCCUACCAUCACGGAGAGCAAGCUCUCAUGAUGACCAUCGUGAACUUGGCCCAGAACUUUGUGGGCAGUAACAACGUGAACAUCCUGCAGCCGCUCGGUCAGUUCGGUACUCGCAUCAACGGAGGCAAAGACGCCGCCAGCCCCCGUUACAUCUUCACCAUGCUCAGUCCACUCGCCAAGCUGUUGUUCCCGUCUGGGGACUCCAACCUGCUCAAGUUCCUGUACGAUGACAACCAGAAGGUGGAGCCGGAGUGGUACAUUCCCAUCAUCCCCAUGGUGCUGGUCAACGGAGCCGAGGGCAUCGGAACGGGCUGGGCGUGUAAGAUCCCCAACUACGACCCGCGAGAGAUCGUCAACAACAUCAACCGGCUGCUCAACCACCAGGAUCCGCUGCCGAUGCUUCCCAGGUACAAAAACUUCAAAGGGGUGAUUCACGAACUGGGUCAGAACCAGUACCUGGUCAGUGGAGAGGUGUUGGUCAUUGACAGAAACACCAUUGAGAUCACAGAGCUUCCCGUUCGGACUUGGACACAGGCGUAUAAGGAGUCUGUGCUGGAGCCCAUGCUGCAGGGAAAUGACAAAACGCCAGCUCUCAUCUACGACUACAAGGAAUAUCACACGGACACAACGGUCAAGUUUGUGGUUCGCUUGUCUGAGGAGAAACUGGCCCAAGCCGAAGCAGUCGGCCUCCACAAAGUCUUCAAGCUGCAGUCCAGCCUCACCUGCAACUCCAUGGUGCUGUUUGACCACAUGGGCUGUCUCAAGAGGUACGAUUCAGUCCAAGACAUCCUCAGGGAGUUCUACGAGCUCCGCCUGACCUACUACAAGCUGAGGAAGGACUGGUUACUGGGCAGCCUGGGAUCCGAGGCGGCCAAACUGAGCAACCAGGCUCGCUUUGUCCUGGAGAAGAUCGAGGGAAAAAUAUCAAUCGAGAACAAAACCAAACGUGAACUGAUCCGCAUGCUCGUCCAGAAAGGCUUUGAGUCCGAUCCAGUCAUAGCCUGGUCCAAGUCUCAGGAAAAGGCCCAGGAGGAAGAUUACCGUGACGGAAACGAGAGCGACGGCUCGGUGGACUCGGGCUCCUCGUCGGGGCCAAACUUCAACUACAUCCUCAACAUGCCUCUGUGGUGCCUGAGUAAAGAGAAGGUGGACGACCUGCUCAAACAGAGGGACCACAAGAGAGCGGAGCUGAAUGAUCUCCAGAAGAAACAACCAGAGGAUCUGUGGAAGGAGGACUUGGCAGUGUUCAUCGAGGAGCUGGAUAAAGUGGAGCUCCAGGAGCGGGAGGAGCAGAGUUUAGGAAAGGCCGUCAAACUGGUGAAGGGGAAGGUGGGCAAACCCAAAGCGAAGAAGCUGAACCUGGAGGAGACAAUGCCCUCGCCGUUUGGCCGCAGGGUGGAGCCUCCGACUCUGGCAAUCAGAUCCGACGCGGCCAAGAAACUGUCCCGAAAGAAGAAGAGUGACGUAGAUCCCGGCGUGAAGUUGGAGUUCGACGAGGAAGGUUUGCCCGUCGAGGGAGCAACAGGAGAAAGCGCUGCGGCCAAACCAAAAGCUCCACGUGUCAAGAAAGAGAAGAAAGAACCCGGUGCUCCCAGAGUGAGAAAACCCCCGGCACCCAAAGGUACCCCCGUUAAGAAGGCCAAAAAGAGAAACCCCUGGUCCGAGGACGAGUCCAAGUCCGACAGCGACGCGGAGGAUAUCCAGCCCGUCAUCCCUAGAGAGACCAAGUCCCAGAGGGCGUCAGCCUCCAAGCCGAAAUACACGUUCGACUUCUCGGAGGAGGAAGAGGAGGAGGAGGAGGAGGAUGCUGAGGGAGAGGAGAACGGCGGCGGCGACGACGGGGCUUCUUCCCCGAUGAGGUCGUCUAAAGACGACUUUCCCGCCUCCUCCGAGACCAAGGAGCGGCACAGCGACCACAAGGAGGACGAAGACGACGAAGAUAACGAGGACUCCUACUCGGCUCCCCAACAAAAGACCACGUCCGCUGCACCUGCAGCUAAAAAGAAGGAGACGACCAGCAUCUUCUCGUCCAAGUCGGCCUUCUCUGAAAAAAGCAACGACAGUGACGGGUCCAAGUCUGACAGCGACGACGGCGUCGGCCGAGGCUUCUCAACCUACUCCAGCAGCUCCGCCGUCGACAAGCUGUCGCAGGCAAAGAAAGCAGCAGCCAAGAAGCCGUCCGAAGCAGCUGCCAAGCCUAAGAAGCCACCGGCACCAAAAGCAAAGAAACCUGAUAAAUCCAUCUGGGACUCUGACUCCGACACGGGCUCCAAGAAGCCAGCACCAGCACCGGCUCUCAAAGGUAAAGGCAGAGGGAGGAAGAGGAAGGGCUCAGGCUCCGAAGAUGAGUACAGUCCAAUGAAAAAAGCGGUGAAACCUGUCGGCAGAAAACCUCAGAAGCCCCCCUCAGAUGACGAGGACAACGACAGCAACGGCCCCGGCGCGACGGGCGCGGCGUCCCGCGACCGGCCGGGCCGGGCCAAGAAGGAGGUGAAGUACUUCGUCGAGUCGGACAACGGGGAGGAGGACGACUUCGACGACAUGUUCAACUGAAGCUUUACACACACACACACACUCCGCCCCCCCCCGUGUUCCCACAGACUUUUGUACAUUUCUUCUUUUCACUUUAUUUUCAUUAAUGGUGAUGUUUAAUGACUUUUUUUUAACGUGUAUGUGUUUUACACUUUAUUAUACAUAUACGGCUUUCUUUUUUUAUCGCUCAUUGAAAUGUUCUGUAUUUGUCCGAAGCGGCUUUUAGGAGUUUAGAACGCGGUGCUUGAGCACAUUUUAACUGUUAAAAUACUAUGUAACUUUUUGAACAUGAAGUUGAAAGUAAACAAUGAAAUAUCAGCAGG